UCAGCACGUCCACUUUUCUUUCUUCUCCCUGUUGAGCGGGAGGAUAAGGGAGUGAGGUGCGGACGGCCCUUCGGAUGCUGUGCAGCGAGGAAGAGAAGAAGAAGCAACCUCUGCCGCGGAUAUCUGAAUCAAACCUGCCUGCUCAAAACGAGCGUUUCUCGACGCUGAUAUUUUUCUUCCCCACUGACCGCUUUUAUGUGAAAGCUAGUUAAUAAAAGAAAAGACCAUAACAGACAACAGUUGAGAGGAGAGGGAGCGAGAGAAAGAAAGAGGGGUCUAUUUUAUGAGGAUGCGGAUUUAUCGCAAAGUCGUUAUCAGUGUCACCUGGGAUUAAGCAUUAAAAUUCGAGUUAGCUUAGUCGCACGCGUUGGUAACGAAGCAAGCGAGCUAUUUUUUUAUGUCUGCCGAAAUACCACACACUGUGACGCGGCAGAAAUAAUACCAACAUCGUUUCCAGCAGACGACAAAAUAAAGGGGUUGAAUGUGUUUUCCUCCAGCCUGGACACCAUGAGCACCAUCUCACCAACUGACUUUGACAGUUUGGAGAUCCAGCAGCAGUAUAAUGACAUCAACAACCGUUGGGAUCUGGCAGCAGAAACUGACUGGGAUAAUGAGAACAGUUCAGCACGGCUCUUUGAACGUUCACGAAUCAAGGCUCUCGCAGAUGAGCGUGAAGCAGUACAGAAGAAGACCUUUACCAAAUGGGUGAACUCUCAUUUAGGCCGUGUGACCUGUCGCAUUGGGGACCUGUACACGGACCUUCGCGAUGGCCGCAUGCUAAUCCGCCUCUUGGAAGUGCUUUCCGGAGAACAGCUGCCAAAGCCCACAAAGGGACGCAUGCGUAUCCACUGCCUGGAGAAUGUUGAUAAAGCCCUGCAAUUUCUCAAAGAGCAAAAAGUCCAUCUAGAAAACAUGGGCUCACAUGACAUCGUGGAUGGUAAUCACCGUCUCACCCUGGGUCUCAUCUGGACCAUCAUCCUUCGCUUUCAGAUCCAGGACAUCAGUGUGGAGACAGAGGAUAAUAAAGAGAAAAAAUCAGCUAAAGAUGCCCUGCUGCUUUGGUGCCAAAUGAAAACAGCAGGAUACCCCAAUGUCAACAUCCACAACUUCACUACCAGUUGGCGAGAUGGCCUGGCGUUCAAUGCCAUUGUGCACAAACACAGACCAGACCUGAUUGAGUUUGAUAACCUGAAGAGGUCCAAUGCUCACUAUAAUCUCCAGAAUGCUUUCAAUGUGGCUGAGAAGGAAAUGGGGCUUACCAAGCUGCUGGACCCAGAAGAUGUCAAUGUUGAUCAGCCUGAUGAAAAGUCCAUCAUUACGUAUGUGGCAACCUACUAUCAUUACUUCUCCAAGAUGAAAGCCCUGGCAGUGGAGGGCAAAAGAAUUGGAAAGGUACUGGACUAUGCCAUUGAGGCUGACCAGCUGAUUGAAAAGUAUGAAACCUUGGCCUCAGAGCUGCUGCAGUGGAUUGAGCAAACCAUAGUGACACUCAAUGAUAGGCAGCUUGCAAACUCACUGAGUGCUGUGCAGAACCAGCUCCAGGCUUUCAACUCCUACCGCACUGUGGAGAAACCACCCAAAUUUACAGAGAAAGGAAAUUUGGAGGUACUCCUCUUUACUAUCCAGAGCAAAAUGCGAGCAAACAACCAGAAAGUCUACAUGCCACGAGAAGGCAAACUCAUCUCUGACAUCAAUAAGGCGUGGGAGCGACUGGAGAAGGCAGAGCACGAACGUGAGCUGGCUCUGAGAAAUGAGUUGAUUCGACAGGAGAAGCUGGAGAUGCUCGCUGCCCGUUUUGACCGCAAAGCUGCAAUGAGGGAGACAUGGCUGAGUGAGAACCAGAGGCUGGUGUCUCAGGACAACUUUGGAACUGACCUUGGAGCAGUGGAAGCUGCCACUCGUAAACAUGAGGCAAUCGAGACAGAUAUUGGGGCAUACGUGGAGCGUGUGGCUGCUGUGGAGGCUGUUGCCAAAGAGCUGGAAGCGGAACGGUACCAUGAUGUACGGCGUAUACUUGCACGGAGGGAUAAUGUCCUUCGACUCUGGGAAUACCUGAAAGAGCUUCUGGUUGCACGCAGGGAGCGGCUAAAUGCCCAUCGUGACCUGCAGAGAUUGUUUCAGGAGAUGCGCUACAUCAUGGACUGGAUGGCAGACAUGAAGGGUCGUCUGCAGUCUCAGGAUAGUGGCAAACAUUUACAUGACGUGUUAGACCUACUUCAGAAACACACACUGGUAGAGGCUGACAUUUCAGCUCAGGCAGAACGGAUCAAAGCAGUGCAGGGAGCCGCACAGCGCUUCACUUCCUACGACCAGGUCUACAAACCAUGUGAGCCAGGACUAGUAAGUGAAAAGGUUGACCUGCUGGGUCAAGCCUAUGAGGAGCUUGGUCAGCUUGCUGGUAAACGCAAGGAGCAACUAGAGGACUCACGUCGUUUGUGGCAGUUCCUGUGGGAUCUUGGAGAGGAGGCAGCCUGGAUCAGAGAGCAGGAGCAGAUCCUGGCAAGCGGAGACUGUGGACGUGACCUCACUUCUGCUCUUCAUCUGCUCAGUAAACAUGAAGCUUUCAGAGAUGAGAUGGCAGCCCGCUAUGGCCCCCUGAGCAACAGCAUUGCUGCUGGGGAGGCUUUAAUUCAGGAGGGACACUUUGGAGCCCCAGAGGUCACAGAGAGGAUUCAAGACAUCCGCUCACAGUGGGCUCACCUUGAGGAGACAACCAAACUGAGAGAGCAGAGUCUUAAGGAAGCUGUGGCCCUGCAUCAGUUCCAAACAGAUGCCAAUGACAUGGAGGCCUGGCUCAUGGAGACUCUUAGACAAGUGUCGAGUCAGGAAGUGGGCCACGAUGAGUUCUCUACCCAAACCCUAGCUCGCAAACAGAGGGAGAUAGAGGAGGAGAUCCAAAGCCAUCGCCCCCUCAUUGACUCCUUGCAUGAGCAGGUCCAAGCACUGCCACAGGUCUAUGCACAAAAUUCUCAGGUGGAUGGCCGCUUACCUGCUAUUGAGCAGAGCUAUGAAGAACUGGAGACUCUGUCAGCAGCUAGGAGACAGGCCCUGGAAGGUGCUCUGGCCCUCUACCGCAUGUUCAGUGAAGCCGGUGCCUGCCAGCUCUGGGUUGAAGAGAAGGAGCAGUGGUUGCACAACAUGGAGAUCCCAACCAAAUUGGAGGACUUAGAGGUGGUGCAGCAGAGAUUUGAGACUCUAGAACCUGAAAUGAACAACCUAGGUACUCGAGUCACUGAUGUGAACCAGGUGGCAGAGCAGCUGCUGGGCUCGGACAACUGUAGCAAAGACCAAAUCCACCAGACACGACACCAACUGAACAACAGAUGGUCAGAGUUUGAACAACUGGCUGGUCAAAAGAAGCAAGCCCUAGAGUCUGCCCUAAACAUCCAAAACUACCACUUGGAGUGUAAUGAGAUUCAAACUUGGAUGAGAGAGAAGACCAAGGUGAUUGAAUCUACUCAGAGCCUGGGUAAUGACCUGGCUGGAGUGAUGGCACUGCAGCGCAAACUCACUGGCAUGGAGAGGGACCUGGAGGCCAUUCAGGGCAAAUUGGAUGACCUGAGAAAUGAGGCUGAAAAGCUAGCCAAGGAACAUCCAGAUCAGGCAGGAGAGAUUCAAGGGCGCCUGGCGGAGAUUCAGGAAGUUUGGGAGGAGUUGAAUGCCACCAUGAAGCGACGUGAGGAGUCGUUGGGUGAAGCCAGCAAGCUGCAGGGCUUUCUCAGAGACCUAGAUGACUUCCAGUCCUGGUUGUCUCGCACCCAGACAGCUGUGGCCUCAGAGGACAUUCCCACUUCUCUGCCUGAGGCUGAGAGCUUGCUCACCCAGCAUGAAAACAUCAAGAAUGAGGUGGAUAACUAUAAGGAGGACUAUGAGAAGAUGCGGGCAGUUGGUGAGGAGGUGACCCAGGGUCAGACAGAUGCCCAGCACAUGUUCUUGGCUCAGAGGCUCCAGGCACUGGAUACUGGCUGGCAUGAGUUGCGUCGCAUGUGGGAGAACCGCCAUAGUCUUUUGGCCCAAGCCUUUGACUUCCAGACUUUCUUAAGAGAUGUUAAGCAGGCAGAAGCCUUCCUGAACAGCCAGGAGUAUGUUCUGUCUCACACAGAGAUGCCUGCCAGUCUUCAGGCAGCAGAAGAGGCCAUUAAGAAGCACGAGGAUUUCCUCACUACCACAGAGGCCAGCGAGGACAAGAUAACGGGUGUAGUGGAGACCGGACGGCGCCUCAUUAAUGACGCCAAUGCAAAUUCUGAUAAGAUCCAGGAAAAAGUUGACUCCAUCCAAGAAAGGCAUUUUAAGAAUAAACAGGCUGCAAAUGAACUACUGACAAAGCUGAAGGAUAACCGUGAACUUCAGCACUUCCUCCAAGAUGGGCAAGAGCUCACACUUUGGAUCAAUGAGAAGAUGCUGACAGCACAGGACAUGUCUUAUGAUGAGGCCAGAAAUCUUCACAGCAAGUGGCAGAAGCACCAGGCCUUCAUGGCAGAGCUGGCCUCAAACAAAGACUGGCUAGACAAAAUUGACAAAGAGGGUCAGGCUCUGGUGGCAGAAAAGCCUGAGCUGAAACCGGUUGUCCAGCAGACCUUGGAAGACCUACAGCAUCAGUGGGAGGAGCUGGAAAACACCACCCGCACCAAGGCCCAGUGUUUGUUUGACGCUAACAGGGCAGAGCUCUUCACACAAAGCUGCUCCUCUCUAGAUGUCUGGCUGAAAAACUUAGAGGGCCAGCUGCAGAAUGAUGACUAUGGCAAAGACUUGACCAGUGUCAACAUCCUGCUGAAGAAGCAUCAGAUGAUAGAGCACCAGAUGGAUGUCAGAGAGAAGGAGGUGCAGUCCCUGCAGUCUCAGGCUCUGGCCCUGUCCCAGGAGGACACUGGACUGGCUGAAGUAGAUGGUCAACAACGGCGUGUCACUGACAACUUCUCCAGAAUUAAGGAGCCUCUUGAAGUCCGGAGACAGCAACUUCUUGCCUCCAAAGAAGCACAUCAGUUCAACAGAGAUUUGGAGGAUGAAAUUCUGUGGGUGAAAGAGAGAAUGCCCUUGGCGACCUCCACAGACCAUGGAAAAGACCUGCCCACUGUUCAGUUGCUAAUCAAGAAGAAUCAGACAUUGCAGAAGGAGAUCCAGGGCCACCAGCCCCGCAUUGAUGAUAUCCAUAGACGAGGAAAGACUCAGAGCCAGGUAGAUGGUGAGAGGCAGUCUGCCCUAGAGGAGCGUCUUUUUGAGCUGAAGGAUCUUUGGGACCAAUUGAUUGCAGAGACGGACAAACGUCAUGAGCGACUAAUAGAGGCCAAUCGUGCCCAGCAGUUCUAUGCUGAUGCAGCGGAGGCAGAGGCCUGGAUGGGUGAACAAGAGCUACACAUGAUGUCAGAGGAAAAGGCCAAGGAUGAGCAGAGCGCACUAGUAAUGGUCAAGAAGCAUCAAAUCCUGGAACAGGCACUUGAAGACUAUGCCCAAACUAUUCAUCAGCUAGCCAACAGCAGCCGCCUCAUGGUCACCAGUGAACACCCAGAGAGUGAGAGAAUCACCUUACGGCAAGCCCAGGUCGACAAGCUUUAUGCAGGAUUGAAGGACCUAGCGGAGGAGCGUCAUGGGCGGCUACAGGAGAGAUUGCGUCUGACUCAGCUCAAACGGGAGGUGGAUGACCUGGAGCAGUGGAUAGCUGAGAGGGAGGUGGUUGCUGGCUCCCAUGAACUAGGACAGGAUUAUGAACAUGUCACAAUGCUCAGGGACAAGUUCAGAGAGUUUGCCCGUGACACCAGCACCAUUGGCCAAGAGCGAGUAGAUGGCGUGAAUGUGCUGGCAGAUGACUUGAUCGAGUCUGGACAUCCUGAGAAUGCCAGCGUGGCUGAGUGGAAGGACGGCUUAAACGAGGCCUGGGCAGAUCUGUUGGAGCUGAUUGAUACUCGCACACAAAUGCUGGCCGCCUCCUAUGAGCUGCAUCGCUUCCAUCAAGAUGCCAUGGAGGUGCUUGGACGUGUUAAGGAAAAGCAGGAGGCACUGCCAAUUGACCUUGGCCGUGAUCUGAACACUGUCCAACAUCUACACAGGCAGCACAACACUUUUGAACAUGACAUCCAGGCACUUAGUGGACAGGUGAACCAGAUACAAGAUGAUGCAGCACGGCUGCAGAAGGCAUACGCUGGAGAGAAAGCUGAUGACAUCAACAGGAGUGAACAUGCUGUGAGUUCUGCCUGGGAGGGCCUGCUCCAGGCUGGUCAGGCUCGCAGGAUCCUCCUGCUGGACACAGUUGAGAAGUUCCGCUUUUUUAACAUGGUGCGAGACCUCAUACUAUGGAUGGACGGUGUAAACCUGCAAAUCGAUGCACAUGACAGUCCCAGGGAUGUAUCCUCUGCAGGCCUUGUCAUUGCUAAUCAUCAAGACAUCAAGUCAGAGAUAGAGACCAGGGCAGAUAGUUUCACUGCCUGUAUUGAGAUGGGAAACACCCUCAUCAACAAUAAUCACUAUGCAGCUGAUGAGAUUCGUGAGAAACUGCUGCAGCUCCAGGAAAAAAGAGAUAAGAUCAACAAAAAGUGGAAAGACAAGAUGGACCACUUACAAAUUGUGCUGGAGGUGCUGCAAUUUGGACGAGAUGCCUGUGUGGCAGAGUCCUGGUUGGUCGGGCAAGAACCUCUGGUGCGAGCAGCAGAGCUGGGCUCAAAUGUAGAUGAGGUAGAGAGCCUAAUCAAGCGCCACGAGGCUUUUGAAAAACUUGCUGCAGCCUGGGAAGACCGCUUUGUCCUGCUGGAGAAACUCACUACACUGGAGGAGCAAGAGAUCCAGAGGAGACAGGAGGAAGAAGAAAGAGCCCGGCGACCCCCUACACCAUCCCCUGCUGAAGAAGUGGUACAAUCAGAGACAGAGAGUCAGCUACAUAAUUCUGCAGCCAGAACCAGUCUGGACCAGACCACAUUGAAUCAGUCAGUGUCAGUGAAUGGAGUACACAGUGACAAUGAAACAUCUCAGUCUUUGUCGUUAUCAACGGGAAAGAAAUCAGAACCUAGAUCCCGUGUGUGUAAGCCAAAGCAGCAGGAGCGUGGCUCGGAGUCCGAGUCGGUGAACGGACCUGGUCGGGACAGUGGGCUGGCGUCUUCUCGUCUUGAGCCUUCUGCCACGUUACCGAACAGGGGUGGAGCAGAGUCCGACCCAGACACCAUGGAGGGAAUGCUCUGUCGAAAACAAGAGAUGGAGUCCCACAGCAAAAAGGCAGCAACCAGGUCCUGGCAGAAUGUGUACUGUGUGCUAAGAAAAGGAAGUCUUGGCUUCUAUAAGGACAACAAAAGUGCCAGCAAUGGUGUUCCAUAUCAUGGUGAGGUUCCCAUCAGCCUGGGAGAAGCUGUGUGUGAAGUAGCUCAUGACUAUAAGAAGAGGAAACACGUCUUCAAGCUCAGGCUAGGAGAUGGAAAAGAAUAUUUGUUCCAAGCAAAGGAUGAGGUGGAGAUGAGCUCCUGGAUACGCUCCAUCAUCACUUCCAUUCCAGCAGGAGCAGGAGACUCUCCUGGAGCUCCACGAGCUCUCAGCCAUGCCAUGACCAUGCCUCCAAUCUCCCCCAGCUCAGGUGAAACUGGAGGCGUCACCAUGCGAAAUAAAGAGGGCAAAGACAAGGAUCGGGAGAAGAGGUUCAGCUUCUUUGGCAAGAAGAAAUAGAAUCUUCUUUUUUCAAGUAAUUUUCAAGACAGAAGCAGGCAGAAAGAAAAGUAAAAACAGAUCAAACACACUGUUUUCAGAGGAAGCCCCAAGAAAUGAAGACAGAAAGUGCUUUCUUCCUUUUGCUCUCUAUGACUUAUUGUCAUUUAAAUUUUUGUUUUCCCAUAUGACAUUUAGCUGCACCCAAUAAAGAAAGUCCUCAUCCACAGCAGGAGAGUAAGAUGAAGGUGUGGUUGUUGUAUGAGGGAGUGACCAGCAGAAACGUGUUAAUGCUGCUGCGUCAGGAAUGAAACACUGGAUGGAUGGUGGCUUUCUAUUGUUUUUGUGCUCUCUCUAUGGGAAGGAUCACAUCAGUCUAUUUUUCUGUUCUUGGUGUUGAUGUUAUUAAACUGAACAAUAUUAAUGAUAUUAUUCUAAUUAUUAUUUAUCUUUUUGUUAUUUCUGCUUUGAGAACAUUUAUUUGACGGUAGAUAAUCCUCUUGUGGAAAAAAUAAAAUUAGCUAAGUGGAGAAUGUUGGGCUUUGUCCUUUUAUUGUUUUUUUAGGAAUGAUUUAUUUAGGUCUGAGGAAAAAAACAACUUUUAGCAGUGUGCAGUUUGUGAUCACAAAUUUCAGUGGGAAAAUUAUAUAUUUAAUAAGUGGUUUAUUCUAAUUUUGCCUGUAUUUGAUUACUUCUGCUGAGUGAUCUUUUCUGCUUGAUUUUCAACUUUUUUUGUUUCUGUACAUAGCAGAGGAGAUUAGUUUUCUAGUGUGUGUGUGUGUGUGUGUGUACUAUAUGUCUGAGAGUUGUGGUGCUGUGGAUUUUGCACGUUCAUGUUCUACCUAAUUAAACGUGACCACAUGAACGCUGCUUUUCAGUAUGGCAAAUACAGACUAAGCUCCAAAUAUUGCUGGAAUGAUUUCAUGGAAUUAGCUUUUUUUUUGCUUUUGGUUUUUAUUAUGUAUAGGUCAAUUUAUCAGGUGGAAGGAAAUGUCACCAGUUGCCCUCACUCGCUCUCUGUUAAGGUGCUGGAGGCUGAUAAUAGUUUAAGUAUAGAGUCUCCCGAUGUCUUUACAUUUUGAAAAGUGAAAUGUGUGACAAGAUUUUCGCUUUCUACUAUUAUAUGUAAGUUGACAUUGCCAAUGAAGUUCCUUGAGGCGGUUUUAUUCUGUUUCUUUCUCCUAAUAACGGUGGUGUGAAGGCAUGGCAUAGUUGUUGAGCAGGACAGACAGGAAGUGAAAGUGAAAUUUGACAGGCAGUGAAGAAUGCAUUUCAUUCGCUCCCUGAUUAACAGGGGUUCACCAAGCCUUACUUGAUACACUGAACGCUUUUUUCUUUUUUUCUUUUUUUUUUUUUUACAAACCCACCUUCUAUUCAGACACCUUUUUAUAUGAGAAGAAUUCACAAAAAAAAUUGCCUUCUGAGCAAAUGAGUGUCUGUACAGAGGGAACAUGCAUUCUCCUAGACAAGCUCUUGCAUAUGUGGUAUAUGACUAGAGCUGCUGUUUUAAUGAUUUCUUUGUUAUCCAGAGCAAAGAAAUGAAGAAAAUACUCACAUUUAAGAAGAUGAAACAAUUGGAAAUCUUGUUUAAUCGUGAAAAAAGCUUUGAACCAAUUCAUCGAUUAUCAAAAUAGUUGUCGAUUAAUUUAGUAAUCGAAUAAUUGUUUCAGCUCUAUAUAUGACUUCAUGUAGGUUAAUACUUAUGUGUGUCUCAUGGUCUCUUCCCUGUGCUGAUGUCCUCUGGAAACAUGACAGCUCUUCAUAUUCAGGUUUGAGAGCAGCUAAAUUACUUGUGACAGUAUACAGUACAUAUAUACGUUUCUUGAGAUCACUGCAUUGAUUAGUAACAGUCACACUUAAAUUAAGUUUUUAUCUUUAAAGGUCAGGUGUGUAAGAAUUAGUGAACUCCAAUGGUGAUACUGCAGAUUGUAACAAACAGAGGACUCUCUUUUUCCCUUUCCCAAGGGAACUACAGUGGGAUCUUAAAUACCAGAAUAUAAUAUAAACUGUUGCAGUUUCACAUUCUUAAAUGCUGUGGCUGGUUUGUCUGUGAAAAAUGGCUGCCUCUGUAAGUAUAUAAAUAAGGCUUGUUCUAAGGUUACACAAACCAAACAAUUUUUAUUCUGAAGCAGUUGUACUCUUUAAAAAUAACUUGUGUGUAGAAUAUCAGUAUCAAUUUCUGCCAAAAAACAUUCCUACAUCUUUACACACUGGACCUUUAAUGUCGACUGCAGGUUGCAAUUUGAAAGUUAACUCUUUACUUGCAUGUGUGUGUUUACAUGAAUGUCACACUCAGCUGAUGCUUUAACACAAACAGGUGGAAGUAAACUGUGCAGGUUAUUGUAGUUAAAUUACUGGAAACAGACAACCACCCAAAUAAAGAAGAGACGUGACCAGAACCAGGUUCAGUUAAUAACACCAACUUCAAAUUGUAUCAGCAUUGCAUUGUGGGUGCGUGACAGACCUCUGUAGCUUCAGGCCAAACCAGAUCAAUGAGGUCAGUGCAGUCUGUGAACAGUGUGUAUCAUUAUCCCUGGGCAGAGGGUUGAGCUGUUAAAGUGACGAUUGCUACACUUCCUCUGCUCCAGACUACACACACACACACACACACACAUCAUCAUCCAUUUGAUAUUAGGGAGUUUUAGUUACAUGCUGUAUUUUCUUAACAGCUUGUUUGAAUGUGUUAUGUUUCAUAGUUUCAAGUUUGGCUAAAUUGGUCUUGUGACACAAAAACAUUCUACUUGACAUCUCUUUCUCUCCUUCACACACACACACACACACACACAUAUUUUAAUACUGUACUGUGUAUUUAAUGCAGAGUGACCUGGAUGAUCCCCUGAGCUGGCCAUGAGUGGAUGUUGCAUAUGAAAGCACUGUGGUACCGGUGAGCUUUGUGAGCAGAACAUGGGACCUGUGUGUAUUGAUGUCAGAGAAAGUUUUGAAAAUUACUUUUAGUGAUGAGGUACUAUUAGGUCUCAGACCGGUUACAUUUUAAGCUUCCUUUUGUAGAAGGUGGCUGGAUAUCUGCUGUCCAGUUAGGAGCUUGUAUUUUUUCAUCCACAAGUCUGUCCAUGCGUUUGAUAAGCCCAUCUGACAACAUUUAGCUCUCUAGACUUUUGACAAAUGUCUGUUCCUCCCUCUGUAAUGCAGAGUUGUUAAUACCACUACUAUAAUUAAUUGCUAUUGUUAUCAUUAUUGCUACUGUUGUUACUAUUACUACUGCUGUUACUAAUGCAACCUAUUGAAAAAUGAUUACUGUUAUCCAUUUUCAGGUAUGUGUCUGUAAUACCAGACCCUUCCACACGAUGUCAGUGUGCUGUGGAGCAUUUUCAUUACAAAUUGGAAAUAAUUUGUUUGUUGACUUGUGUAUCCACAUCUAAUAUAAGAAUAAUAAAACAUGGUUUAAUGAAUGAA